AUGAAGCCAGAGGAUUAUAAUCCUUGGAUGGGAGCUGGGAGUGAGGAUGCUGGAGGUGGAAACAUGAGCGCUCAACCUACACGUAAGCUUGCAGAUAUUGAUGACGAGGAAUUUGACAUCCCCCCAAUGUUUGAUGAUACAGAAUACAAUGCUGCAGAAAUUCCUGACAUGGAUGUUGAUGUAAAAGACGGCCAAAUAGUUGUGGGAAAAGUGUUUGGUAGUAAGCAGAAUUGUCAGAUUGCUCUAGCAAUUUAUGCAAUAAAGAAACAGUUCAAGUUCACUCAGACAAGGACGAAAAUUGGUUCUUUUGUGGUGGAGUGUCCAGAUGAAAGGUGUGAUUGGCGUGUAACAGCACAUGAAAUUAGGGGGUGUGGUUACUACGAGAUAAGAAAGGCGCAGCUUGAUCAUAUCUGCCCCAUUGAAUUUCGACAGGACUACAAGACUAGAGCAACAUCUCGUGUUAUUGCAGCUGUGUACAAGGCAAAGGCAAAGGAAAAAGCGAUAUUGGGUGUGCGAGGUUCCGAUGAGGACGCCUACUUGAAGCUGCCUGAGUAUCUUCACAUGCUCAACCUUGCAAAUCCUUGUACAAUUGCUGAUUUGGAGACAGAUGUAGAUGAAGAUGGUGAUGAACGUUUCCUGUACUUAUUUUUUGCAUUUGGUGCUUCGAUAUGUGGGUUUAGGAAGCUAAGGCAUGUUUUGGUGAUAGAUGAGACACAUCUAAGUGGCAAGUACAAAGGAGUUUUGUUAACCGCUAGUGGUCAGGAUGCUAAUUUCCAGAUCUUUUCUCUAGCAUUUGCGGUUGUGGACAGUGAGGAUGAGGAUGUGUGGACAUGGUUUUUGCAGAAAGUUGAGAGGAUUCUGGGGGAUUCUCCUACUCUUGCCAUAAUAUCUGACAGGGCCGUAUGUAUUGCCAAUGCAGUGAGUAAGAUUUAUCCUCAAGCAAAGCAUGGAGCUUGCAUAGUUCAUUUGGCAAGGAGUGUGAACUCAAGGUUCUCUAGCAAACACUUAGCACAAAUGGUGACUGCUGCAGCGAUGUCGUAUAUGCCUAGAGAUUACAAAGAACUUUAUGGGAAGAUCCGAGCAACUAACAGUGCGUGUGGUGUAUAUCUUGGAAAAAUUGGUGUUGCUCGUUGGUCAAGAGCAAAUUUCACCGGUGAAAGGUAUAACAUCAUGACUAUCAAUAUUGCUGAGCAGCUGAGGAAAGCGCUUUUGGAAGGGAGGGGAGCGAACAUUGUUGAGUUGAUAAAGUUCAUUCAGAGGAUGAUGACGAGAUGGUUUAGUGCGAGGAGAAAAAAAGUCAGAGAAACACAGAGGUGCUCGGAUAGGCUUGGAGUGCCUUACGAGACAUUGUGUGGGCAUUGGUACAAGACAUCGGUGUGGAGGGAGACAUAUGCAGGGAUGAUCAGUCCAGAGGAAGACCCAAGGGAUGUUGACAUACCUGAAGAAGUUAGCAGCAUGGUUUUGUACCCUCCUAUCACAAAAAGGCAAGUUGGAUGUCGUCGCAAGACACGCAUCCCUUCAACGGGGGAGAUACGGGUGCCAAAGAAGAAACAGGUGCAGAACAGAUGUGGAAGGUGUGGAGGGUUUGGGCACAAUCGCACAAAUUGCGUCAACCCUAUCUAG